AAAAAACCCACCAAAAAUGUCGACCCCCAAAGUCACCCUGAAGCUCCUGAUCAACAAGAAAACAAAGAAAGUGCUGUUUGCUGAAGCAGGGAAAGACUUCGUCGAUUUCCUCUUCACCCUCCUCUCCUUCCCGCUGGGAACCGUGAUUAAGCUCCUGUCCAAGAACAAAAUGGUGGGCAGCCUUGGAAAUCUGUACCACAGCAUCGAAGAGCUGAGCGAUACGUUCUUCCAGUCCAAAAUAGGCAAGGGCACCGUUCUGAACCCAAAAGUUCCUUUCCGUCCGAGUGGCAGCAGCACCCUUUUGCUAUCUGGAGGCGGGGAGGAGGGAACGGGAACAACGACCAGGAAGAUCUACAUGUGCCAUAAUUAUAAACACCAGCAUGUGACUGAUAACCCGCAAACUCUUUGUCCUAGUUGCAAAGGUACGAUGAGCAACGAGAUGCCCUUUGUAAACCCACCUCCUGCUGCUGCUAGCACAGACAAAGCUGUGGGUGUGAACAGUGAAGAAGGUGGGUUCGUGAAGGGUGUGAUAACUUACAUGGUGAUGGACAAUCUGGAGGUGAAGCCAAUGUCCACAAUCUCCAGCAUCACCAUGUUGAAUAAGUUCAACGUUCAGGAAGUUGGUGCUCUCGAGGAGAAGGUCAUUGAGCUUGGAAUGGACGAGGGGUUGAAUCUGCUGAAGGCGUCUCUGCAGUCCCAGACAGUUCUGACAAAUGUUUUCCUUGGAGCAUGAAGCGGUUCAGUGAUUAAGUUCAUGGAUGUAAUCUCGCUCUCUGUUACUGUUGUUGCAAUGUUUGAAAUCGGUUCCGUUUUGGCGGGUUUCUGGGAAUGAUCAUUUAGUGUUCUUAGUCUUGUUACGUUUCAGUCUUUCUUAAUGUCUUUUGGGAGUUGGGACAUCUCCUUGUUCGGCUUCGAGCCUAUCUAUGUCAUGAAUUUCAAUGAAUGCUGUCUAC